AUGUCGCAUCAGCCUAGUGAAGGCCUGUUCCUCUCCCCUGAUCAAGAAGAAAGCCUCAUCGCGGCGCUCAACUACAAUCAAUCCCCGCCUGAUAAAUCGGCCUCGGCAAGCUGGAAACUGACCUCACAAUAUCCCAUUUCCACGCCAACCAUGUCAAGUGCUCCAGGAUCGGGCAAUCUCGACUUCAGUGACGACAGUCCAUUUCUCGAUUUCGACCCCGAAGUCGACCUCGGCGAUGAGAACUAUGAAUUUGAUGAGGAUAGCCAGAUGAUUGGCGAGAUCCCUGGCGACCUACAUGACAAACGAAAAAGCGUUGAGGGAAAAGAUGAGGACGCCGAAGGAGGAGGAAAACGACGGGAAAGUGAAGACAAGGCGGCAAAGAAGCCAGGCAGGAAGCCUUUGACUUCCGAACCCACUUCUAAACGUAAAGCCCAGAAUCGUGCGGCGCAGCGCGCCUUCCGUGAGCGCAAGGAAAAACAUCUCCGAGAUCUAGAAACCAAGGUAGAAGACUUGGAAAAGGCUUCGGAGUCUGCCAGUCAUGAAAAUGGCCUUCUGAGGGCGCAGGUGGAACGUCUACAAGUCGAGCUGAAGGAAUACCGAAAGCGGCUUUCCUGGAUCAGUACCAAUGGCCUGACCAGGCCACAAGCAACUCUGCCCCAACAGGGACGAAACUCGACUGUCAACAACCACAAUGACUUCCAAUUCGAAUUUCCCAAGUUUGGCGAUCUCCCACCCGUGUCUGCUACAAAUCUGUUGAGCAAAUCCAGCCCGCAGACACAGCCGACCGCGAAAGCGAACAGGGCCGCAAGCAUUCCAAGUGCGAGCUCCACUCCUGCAAAUCAAGAUGUUACUACCCGUCACUCUACCUCAAGUUCGCAAAACAAAUCUGCACGACUCGGAUCUCUAAGCCAGUCGCCAUUGACCAACACGCUCUCGGCGUCCCCCCAACCUCAAACUCAGAAAAUAGAUCAACCAGGAGGUGUGGAUAGCUUGUUUGGGCUCUUCAGUCCCUCUAUAUUGGAAGCCAGUCGACACGCUUCCUUGGGUGGAUACUUUCCGCAAAAUACUCCCAAUCCUUCCACUCAAAACAAUCAAGGGAGCCUCGACAGCGGGAGUCUAGGUCAUGUCCCUGCACCCUAUUCGAACUCUAGCCUCUCAAAUUCCGACUCUCCAAGUUCAUCGGCAGAGUCUCACAACGCCAUUUCAUCAAUCGGCACUUCCCCCGAGCCAAGUUUGAAUUCUCCAGCCAACAAGCAUAAUGAAUACAGCCUCAACCCUAUUAGUGAGGAAGCCCACCUCCCGUUCGGCGGUAAGGACUAUCUUUGCGAACAAUUACAGCAGGCUUGUGGCUGCGCGGAGGAUCCAAUACCUCCUAUCCUGAACGUGUCUAACGUCAAAUCGUUAGGAUAUGCUACCGACCCAGGAUUCGAUGUCAACGGCAUCAAUUGGUUGGCGCAACAAAACAAUAACAGCUUUGAUCCAAUCCUGUUCAGCGAUUAUCGCGAGACACAGGACAAUGUUCUGUCGCAAGACUUUGGAUCCUUCUUCAAUGAUGCUUAUCCUCUUCCUGAUCUGGGCAGUCCUCUGCACAAUUACAACGACGUUGCAGCUGAUCACCCUGCCAAGAAUGAUUUGAUGCAACAGAUCGAGAUCACCAAGAAUGGCACAGAUGAAGUUGUGCCCAAUAACGACCAACCAAUGACCUGCAAUAAAAUCUGGUUGGUAACCAAACUGGCAGACAAUAUACCGCUUGCUAACUUUGUUCUCUCUAGGGACCGUCUUCAAUCCAUGGAGAAGUUCCGAAAUGGCGAGAUCGACAUUGACAACCUCUGCAGCGAGUUACGGUCGAAGGCCAAGUGCUCCGAGGGCGGAGCUGUGGUCGACAAGAAAGAUGUUGAUCAGAUCCUAGGGGGUGUGAAGCCAACAGCUUCCCCAACGCUCAGGAUAUGA